GUUUAGCAUAGCUUGACAUAAGUAGGCUAGCAAGACAUGUUACAAUAGUUAGCCGAUGUACCUUUCUAAUGGGCUACAUUGGCUAGAUUUUAUAAAUUAAUGACACUUAGGGUUAUGUUUUGACUGAUUGGUUUAAUUGGUCAAGUACUCGUCUCAAGCAAAACAAUGAUGCUAACCUUAGGUAGAUUAGCGCUCAAACCGAUAGCUUUUAGUGACUACUAGGCAGUGCUAUGCUAUCCUGACUUUGUUGAUGUCAGCUAACCUCCGAGGUAUGUGUAAGCUAUAUUACGUUAACAGCAAAGAACAGCAAACUUGUGUUUGAAUGCUGUUCUGUCAUUUGAUCAGGAAUUCACUCCAACUGUAACAUUUGCGAAGUUACAGUGGGCUAUCCUUAUCCUGUCAGAGACGCUGCUUCGCAGCAAGUUUGAUAUUAGUCUGAUGACAGAUUUCGCCCUAGAGAUUGACAUAUGGAUGGUCUUCCCCUAGUUUUUGCAUGGUGAUACUCCAAAAUGGCCUUUAACUUCGGGGGCGGAGGCGGAUUCAGUUUUGGGACCCCGAAGACCACCGCUCCGGCUCCGCUUGCCACUGGCUUUGGGCUCCAGGCUAGUGCCCCAGCAGGCGGGGGAUUCACGUUCGGGACUCCCCAGCCCCAAGCUCAAGUUCAAGCCCAGGUCCAGGCCCAAGCUCAGGCUCAGGCUCAAGCUCAGGCCCAGGCCCAGGCCCAGGCCCAGGCCCAGGCGCAGGCUCAACACCAAGCUCAGGCCCAAGCCCACGCUCAACACCAAGCUCAGGCCCAAGCCCAUGCUCAGCACCAAGCUCAGGCUCAGGCCCAUGCCCAAGCUCAAGCUCAGGCCCAAGCUCAAGCUCAAGCUCAGGCUCAGGCUCAGGCCCAGGCCCAGAACACUGCACCUCAACUCACCAGCCUCCUCACACAGCCCACUCCAGGGAAUGGCGGUAUGACAACCACAGGGGGUUUUUCCUUUGGCACCCCCGCACAGAGCAGCACUACUGGAGGAGGAUUUUCAUUCGGGGGUGGUGCAGGUCUUCUUGGCACUUCUACUCCAAAACUUGGCCUUAGUAUGCCUGCGGCAUCCCAGGCGGCCCCCACCGGUGGGACCCUGGGUGGGACCCUGGGUGGGCUGGUGGCAUCCACAGGUGGGUCCGGCUUCUCCUUCGGAGGGCUCUCCACCCAAACCACAGCCCCUGCUCAGCCCCAGCCCCAAGCCCAGGCCAUGGGCAUGGCCAUGGGCAUGGGCACGGGCAUGGCCACGGGGAUGGCCACGGGGAUGGGGAUGGGGAUGGGCAUGGGCAUGGCCCAGCAGCCGCCUGGGGGGUUCAGCUUUGGCGCACCCAAGAUUCAGGCUACCACGGCUGCUCCAGUUCAGGCCCCUCCCUCUCUGUCGCUGGGUGGAACCACAGUCGGUCUCACUCUCGGUGGUGCCGCACCAGUUGCCACAGUUGCAGCAGCAGCAGCCACAACCCAAGGAGGAGGAUUCUCCUUUGGGAUGAAACCUGCAGCUACUCCGGCUCCUGCUAUGACUGCCAUAACUGCUGCUGUUGCAGCUAGCCAGGCCGCCCCCGGACCCUCCCUGUUUGCCACCCCCAUCACAUCCACUCCUGCCACAGGUUUUUCAUUGGCAGGUAUGACAACAGCUGCAGCCCCUGUGACCUCUACUGUAGCCAGCUUGGGCACGGGACUGAGCCUCAAACUGGGCACUGCUGCCGCCACCGCUGCCACCACAGCCGCUGCCACCACCACAGCAGCCGCCUCAAGCUUCGCCCUCGGCCCGAAGCCGGCAACCUCCGCAGCUCUUGUUGGCAUGGUGGCCGCUGCUCCUCUGACUACAGUUGCAGCUCCAGUGAGCACGGCCCCUGUGAUGACAUACGCACAGCUGGAGGGCCUGAUCAAUAAGUGGAGCUCCGAGCUGGAGGACCAGGAGCGGCACUUUCUCCAGCAGGCCACGCAGGUCAACGCCUGGGACCGGAUGCUGGUGGAGAACGGAGAGAGGAUCACAACUCUGCACAAAGACAUGGAGAAGGUGAAACUGGAUCAGAGAAGGCUCGACCAGGAGCUCGAUUUCAUCCUCUCCCAGCAGAAGGAGCUGGAGGACCUUUUGGGUCCAAUGGAGGAGUCUGUGAAGGAACAGAGCGGAACCAUUUACAUGCAGAACGCGGAUGAGGAAAGAGAGCGAACAUACAAACUGGCUGAGAAUGUGGACGCCCAGCUCAAGAGGAUGUCCCAAGACCUGAAGGAAAUCAUCGAGCAUCUCAACACCUCCAGUGGACCUGGGGAAAGCACCGACCCUCUUCAGCAGAUUUGCAAGAUCCUGAAUGCACACAUGGACUCACUGCAGUGGGUAGAGCAAAACUCAGUCCUGCUACAGAGACGAGUGGAGGAGGUAUCAAAGUUGUGUGAAAGUCGAAGCAAAGAGCAAGAGAAAAGUUUUCGUCUAAAUUUCCAGUGAUUUUUUUUUUUUUUUUUUUUUUGUUGUUUUUUUCUUUUAUAAUGCUCGCUGUUAAAAUGGGAUUUGUUUUGUUCCUCCUUUUUCCUGUUACGGAAAAAAUGCUUUUGCCUGUAUUAAUUAUGUUAUAAUAAAAGAUUAACUUUUUAA